AUGAAGCUCGCUCUCUACUCGGCCCUGGCCCUCGGUGCAUCCCUCACCGGCGUCGCUGCAUCGGUUUGCGACCCCAACCAAAUACCAUCCGAUAUCAUCCAGAAUGCCCCGCUCGUUCAGCAAUCUACAACCUGGGUCUCGAACCCCAACGUCCCAAUCACUAUCAAUGGUAACGUUCAAGUCUUGACAGGAUGCACGUUUGUUGUCCACAAUUUUACAUUCUAUGGCUCGCCUCCAGGACAAGUCUUGUGGUACGGCGGCUCUCCCGGCUCCAGCGUCGCAAUCACUGUCUCGGACGACCAGGUUAUCCAGCAAGUCGGAAACCUUGACUCUCCAGUCUUCACCCUGCGAAGCCAGCCUGGCUCCCAAGCCUCGUUCUCUGACUUCACAGAGCUGAGAAUCUUUGCCGUGGAUCCCGUCAACCAGCUGAUUGCCACGGCCCAGAUUCGCCAGGUAGCCACCUCCACCUCCCAACAGCCUCCGGCUCCGCCUUCGGCAUCCCAGAGCAAUGCGUCCGGAAACAAGACCAACUUGAUUGCAACGCAGCCACCCACCUCGGACUCGGGCCGGCGCCCCAUCGCUGUCGCAGAGCUGUUGGCGGCUCUUGCGCUUUCGAUCGUGGCUCUGGCUCACUGAACAGAUGCUUCUGCGCGUUUGGUUUGUUUCCAUGAUACUCACUCAGAUGGCGCUUUUGAGUACUCUUCUACCCCGGUCCCAUUCUCGGUGCAAUGUGGAAUGGUAUGCAUCGAGCAAGACGGUACAGAAUAAAAUGACCAUCGCCAUUUGAGCUUCCUGCGA